AUGAUUGAUUCAUUUUGGGGAGAAAUAGACAGUGAAAGAAGUGAUAGUGACUUUGAUGUUGAUGACAAUGAUGGUGAUAGUGUGCCAACUUGUGCAGAAGUAGUUUGUGCAAUAAACACGAUAAAAAAAUACAUUUUUGCAGCUGAUGGUGACUUUAAUAGGUUUGGUCAUGUAUAUGAACUUGAAGAAAAAUUGAAAGACUUCACCAGAAGAAGGCUAAAUGGUCAACAAUAUUAG